AUUAAAUAUUAAAAUUGGUGUCAUGCGAUUACUUUUAAUAAAGACUGUUCAAUUAUGUUGGCAGGUUGCAAUGAAUAGAUUAAUGUCUAUGUAUUUGAAGAUUAUAUUCGAAAACAGGUGUAAGUCUUAUAUGGACAUUCUGGUAAUGUGUAUCUUGAUAUGGUCAUACAAUGUAAAUAAUUUUUGGUUUUGUUAAUAACAGCUCGAAGGUCAUACUUAUCAAAUAAAUUGCUUACUAGUAAAUCAAGAUGAGAACAUUAUAUUCUCAAGUGGAGAUGAUAAGAAGAUAAUAAUUUGGAAAAAUGACCAAUAAUGGGAAGUCUCUUAGUCUAUUUAAGAACACAACUCUUCAGUUUAUGGACUAAGUUUAAAUGAUUCACAAAAUAAAUUGAUUUCUUGUGGAUUUGACCUUUACAUUUUGGUCUUUCAAUGUUCAGAGUAAAACAGCAAUUGGAAUUUAAUCCAAAAGAUCUAAACUAUUGCUGGUGGAUAUCGUUUAUGUUUCAUUAGUAAUAACCAGUUUACGUUUCAACCUAUCAAUUAGGAUGUCAUGGAAGUUUAUUCAAAAGAUUAAAAAGGUGAAGAAUAUUCUAAGAGUUAAGGAAUCAAAAUUAAGAGAGGGUUUGAUUAAAAUUGUUUUUUUCCUUAAUAAUACAUUAAAUAAAAAUAAUUACUCAUUAAUAAAAAUGGAUCAUGCAUCAAUGUAGUUAAAGUUCUUGAAAGUGGUUAAUUGAUGGUUGAACAAUGUAUUGAAUUUGAGACAAAUUAUAUUUUUGGUGCUGCAAACGAUAACGGUGAUUAUUUAGUAACAUGGGAUUAUGUCACAAAAGAUUUACAAUUGAGAUAGUAUUAAGAAUGA